GAUAGAGGAAGUCUGCUUCUGCUUGUAAUCGAAUAGUUGUUGGCAUUAGUUACAUCAAAAGCGGAUCUACUCACAAAUCCACUCAUUGUUCGCAAAGCUUUAAAGACUCGGAGAGGUCUAGUAGGCGCGUAUAAGUGUCAGCAAAUCUUUUGUUCCGUCUGAUCUAAAGCAAGCAAGAUGUCCAACUUCGCCAGCCAGAUCGUCAAACAGCUCGGAAGCAAAGAAUUUCGGCAGUACUUAUGCAGCACGCACUUCUGGGGCCCUGUUGCCAAUUGGGGAAUCCCCAUAGCUGCAAUCGCUGAUAUCAAGAAGGACCCGAGCUUCAUCAGCGGCAAGAUGACCACUGCUCUGUGCAUCUACUCACUGCUGUUCAUGAGGUUUGCCCUCAAGGUGCAGCCUCGAAACCUGCUUCUCUUCGCCUGCCACUUCACCAAUGAGGCUGCCCAGAUAACGCAAGGUUGCAGGCUCAUACAGCACGAGUACCUGGGCGGUUCGCGGACCUGAGGCACCUCCUUUCGUAGUCACUCCCACCGAUCUCCGUUCCCGUCCCCGGAAGAAGCCGAGCCCCUUGUCGAGAAAUAAAAACGAUUGCCGCUUUA